AUGUUACUGUUCAUCCCCCCCAAAAUUCCAGAACGGCAGCCCUCCCCUUUGUUACUGUUCAUCCGACUAGUUUUUGGGCUGCCAUCUCCUCCUCCGGCCACCCCAAGCGACGACAUGGGUAUCAAAAGAACUAGCACGUUGUCCUCUACCAGCCUCACAUCUCAGCCGCUGCCAACCGCCGUAUUGAUUGCCGGAAAAAGCAAGAAAUUUGCUGGUUUUAACCCAAAAUCUUCAUCGGUCGUUCAGGCGAUUCCGAGAACCAUUUGCUUCGAUCCAUCUUUAACUUCGAAUAUUCAAACUGAGGGUUAUGAUAUGGACCCAGGAUCCCAAAAUCUAGCAAUCAUUUACAGGGUUUCAUAUAAGGUUAUGAACAUUGUCUGUCCCAAAGCUAAAGAAUUAGACAUUAAAAGUGAAACUACCUUGUUCCAAACCAAUCUUGAAAAGUCAAACGUGGCAGUCCCAAAAAUAAUAAAGUGGAGUGAUAUAACUCUGCCAGAAAAAUGGAUCUUGGAUGAAGUAGCUCCAAAAAGGCCCCUUGAAAAUCAGGAGCCUACACGGAUCUCGCAAUUUGCUGAUGGAGAGUAUGACAUCCCUGAAUAUAGGAAUAAUAUAGAAAUGAUAGGAAGCCCCUUCUCGAGUUACACUUCCAAAGAUGGAAAGUCAGUCAAAGCCAUACAUCCACCCGAGAUGGUGAUCAAACAAAAGGAUGUAAUUGCAACUCCCUACAAAGAAACCACUUUCCUUGAAGACAGUGCCAUUAAUUUUCGCAUAGCUAGUAAAGAAGAUGUAGGUGCUGUCAUACAGCAGAAUAACUACACCAACCUGUUUCUGCAGUCUUUAGGAAAGCAAGUUACUAGGAUUGAAACAUCUGUUCCAAUGGGGGAACAGAAAUCCGAACCAGGACCCUCAGAAACCAAAAGAAAUAGAGAAGUGAGUUGA